AUGCCAGACAGUUACAUGGGAUCAAACAUUCCUCCUCUAUUUUGGACUCCAGAAAAACCAUUUCACACAUACCCGGCCGUAAUCCAAUUCAUUCUGGAAAACCAGUUGUCAGAAUGGUGGACUUUCCUAGAGCGAAUUUGGAAUCCGAGCGAUGUGCUUCCUUGGUUCUCUUCCAUGCACGCCCUGUCAAAAGGAAACCUCAAUAUUCCACCAGGGAUGAUCCUUUCGGCUAUUUACGUGGGAGAAGCGAAACUUGCAGAAUUGUACUGCGCCGGGACGACGAUGCUUCCAAACGUAACCCCAAACCCCUACGAUUUCUGGGAAAGAGGAGAUGGAAGCGUCUGGAGUAUUAGAAUGAUGAAGGAACAUUUUACGAAGCCUAUCGGGUUUCGUAGCAUUGGUUGGUUGCAGAAGUUUAAACUUGAUGUACUUUAUUGCCUUGACGACUUGGUCGAAUGGUAUGAGUUACAGGUACAGGUUUUCUCCAGGACUAUGGGCCUCUCACAAAAGUAACUGCAGGGUCCUCUACCUUUUCAUUUUGAAAUACUUUUGUUUGGAGGUGGAAGAUGUAUGCUAAUGCCUUGUAGUAUUGCCUAGCUUCCCAACAAUAUAAUUUUCCGACAAUUAAUGGGCCCUAUGAGGACCUUCUUCCUACCAUUCCACUUCACCACAUUUGGACAGAAAAUCUUGGCCAAGACGAUUCAGGAUGUUCAAUAUGCUUCUCAAAGAUGGUAAACGUACACGAACACACAAACAUGCGCGAGAAGCUCCCAUGGGAAAUUAUGGAAGAAGCCUGGACGAGGUACCUCAAAAAGAAGUCAUUUCUUGAAACCCUCCCAAAACAAUAUCAACUCGGCUGUCCCGAAACCUUGGAUUUUUACCACCAGAUCAUUACGAAAGAGCGCGAAAGACAAACGACCACCGACAUGGACAACGAAAAUGAAUGUGUAGGAGCCGUUCAGACGGAAUGCGGACAUAUCUUCGGUAAAAAGUGUUUAGCGAAAUGGAUUCAAACCCAGAGCACUUGUCCCAUUUGCCGAGCCCAUUUGCGCGAGCCAGAAGAACCUCAACAGAUGAACUCGACGGAACAAGCAUAUCUCGAGAGUGAGAGAAUGUUUGUGGGUCAGAUGAUUGUAUGUUUGAUGGGUAUAAUCGAGGAAGGUAAACGGGAGGCUUGGACUGAAAGGCGGGAGGAACCGGGGGGGAAUAGAUUUAGCGACGUGCUGGCUAAGCUGGACUUGUGUCAGCGGGUUGAGGACGGGAGGAUAGCGAAAUUUGGUUUCUUUUCGGGGGAUUUGGCUAAAUAG